AUGGGUCGCUCUCGCCGCACCGGCGCCCACCGGGCGCACUCAUUGGCCCGUCAGAUGAAGGCCAAGAAGCGGCGGCCAGACCUGGAUGAGAUUCACCGCGAGCUUCGACCUCAGGGUUCUUCACGGCCACUGCCCAAGCCGGACGCGGAACCCGACCCCGACCUGCCAGGGGGUGGCUUGCAUCGCUGUCUGGCCUGCGCGAGGUACUUCAUCGAUUCUGCAAACUUAAGGACCCACUUUCGAUCCAAAGACCACAAGAAAAGGCUGAAGCAGCUGAGUGUUGAACCCUACAGUCAGGAAGAGGCAGAGAGAGCAGCGGGAAUGGGCUCCUAUAUCCCCCCUCAUCGGCUGCCUGUGCCCACAGAGGUUUCCACAGAUGUCCCAGAGAUGGACACGUCUCCCUGA